AUGGUACGUAAAACUGCAAAACAUGUGGCAAGAAAUAAGAAAAAAUAUUGGAGAAAAAUUUCAACACAAGAUAUUGAAGAUCAUUUAGAAGAUGUUCGAGUACAAGAAAUGACAGGUGGACGACGAUCUGAUCAACCUGAUCAUAUUUUAUAUCAUAUUGAUAAUGCUCGUCCACUUGGUUCACAAUCACCAUCAACAGAAGAAAUUGAAUCAUCAUCUUCGAUUAUUCUUCGUUCAAUAUCUAAAAAACGUCAACCACUUGAUUUAAAUAAUCUUAAUACAUAUAAACUUUUACAGCCACAUAGUAGUGUACCACCACCAAGUGUUGAUUCACGUCAACCAAAAGAUCCAUCAUCAAAAUCAACAAAACGUCUUUUGGAAUCACAAAAAUUAGUUGAAACACGUCGAGCUGCUAAAAAAAAAUAUCAAAAUGCAAUAAAACAACGUUCUCAAGCUUUAGAAAAAAGUGCUUUAGAUAAAGUAGAAAAAUUAGCACUUGAUGAUCCUCAUGUUUCACAAAGUUAUGAUUUAUGGAAUACAAAAAAUGAAAAAAAAAAAAAAGUUCAAUCAAUUGUUGGUCCUCAAUUAGCUACAUAUAUAGAACAAGUUAAUCAAACAUAUGAUUGGAAAGUUCCAAAACAUAUUAUUAAAAAACCAUCAAAAUUAUCAGCUAUUGAUAAACCAUUACCUGGUACAUCAUAUAAUCCUACUUUUGAUGAUCAUCAAGAUUUACUUCGAAAAGCUGUUGAUGUUGAAAUUGAAAAAGAACGUAAAGAAUUAAAAUUACAAAAAAAUUUACCAACAUUAUUAACACAAAAUGCAGCCGAACCAAUAAAACAAUCAUGGUUAAAAGAAAUGUCAUCAGGUUUAUUUGAUGAUAAUAUUGCACAUGAAUCAAUAUUAGAAACUAAUCAAUUAAAUUCUGUUAGUGUUGGUAAACCAGUUAAAGUUGAAACAAAAACUAUUCAACAACGAAAUAAAGAAAAACUUCAUAAGAAAAAACAAGCUUUAGCUAAAGCAGCUAAAGAAAAACGUAUUCAAGAUAAUAAAUUAUUUCGAGUAAAAUCUAUUCGAAAAGAAAUCAAUACUGACGAACUUAAGCAUAAACAACGACAAGAAACACGAAAGGAUGAUUAUGAAAAUCGAGAAAAAUAUGGUACGAAAAAAUUUGGUAGAUAUAAAUUUGAAGAAGCUGAUUUGGAUUUAAAUUUAUCUGAUGAAAUUACGGGAAAUUUACGAACAAUGAAAACUGAAGGUAAUUUACUUCAUGAUCGAUUUAAAUCAUUACAAAAACGAAAUAUAAUUGAAACACGUAUUCGAGCAAAACCAACAAAAACAAAAAUGAAAAAAUACGAAAAACGAUCUGUACGAGAAGUUGGAGAAAACUAUCGACCAAAAUAA